AGGCCUAAUUAAGGUCCAGUAACAUAAACUGAUUUGGGCUAAAGUGAAUGAAGAAAACUCCAUCCCACCGUUGGCCGGUCUAUUCUCCUCCGGCGUCGUUGAGGAUCUCCGGUGGUUUAAGGAAUCAAUCACACCAUGCCAAUGAGAUACCUCAACGCAAUGGCCGCUCUACUAAUGAUGUUCUUUACUCUCUUGAUCCUCUCUUUCACAGGCAUUUUAGAAUUCCCAUCUGCUUCAACUUCGAUGGAGCAUUCAAUAGACCCGGAACCGAAAUUGUCUGAUUCAACAUCGGAUCCAUUCAGUGAUGUUCUUGUAGCUUAUAAAAAAUGGGACUUUGAAGUGGGUUGUGCUCGGUUUAGGGAGAAUCAUAAAGAUGCGAUUUUGGGUAAUGUUAGUUCGGGUUCUUUACAAGAAUUUGGUUGUGGUAAGCUUAAGAUGAAGCAUGUUAAGGUAUUGGUUAAAGGGUGGACUUGGAUUCCGGAUAAUUUGGAAAAUUUGUAUUCUUGUCGUUGUGGGAUGACUUGUUUGUGGACUAAAUCAUCGGUUUUGGCUGAUUCACCUGAUGCUUUGUUGUUCGAGACAACAACUCCUCCACUACAGAGACGUGUUGGAGAUCCGCUCCGUGUGUACAUGGAGCUAGAGGCCGGAAGAAAACGCUCAGGCCGUGAAGAUAUAUUCAUCAGCUACCAUGCGAAAGACGAUGUCCAAACAACUUACGCCGGUUCGCUCUUUCAUAAUAACAGAAACUAUCACAUCUCUCCACAUAAAAACAAUGAUGUUCUGGUGUAUUGGUCUUCCUCAAGAUGCCUCCCUCACAGAGAUCGUCUAGCAAAGAGCCUACUCGAUUUGAUUCCCCACCACUCCUUUGGUAAGUGUCUUAACAAUGUUGGUGGCUUGGACUCAGCUCUCUCUAUGUAUCCAGAAUGUGUCGCUGAGCACAACGCUGAAGCAAAAUGGUACGAUCACCUCCACUGCGCUAUGUCACACUACAAAUUCGUCCUUGCAAUCGAAAACACAGCUGUUGAGUCAUACGUGACCGAGAAGCUUUUCUAUGCGCUCGACUCUGGUUCUGUUCCAAUCUAUUUUGGGGCCUCUAACGUGCAAGACUUUGUCCCUCCGCAUUCCGUGAUCGAUGGUAGCAAAUUCGGCUCGAUGCAGGAGUUGGCUGCGUACGUGAAGCGGCUCGGUGAUGAUCCUGUGGCUUACUCAGAGUACCAUGCGUGGAGGCGGUGUGGACUAAUGGGGAACUACGGGAAAACCCGUGCGGUGAGUCUCGAUACAUUGCCAUGUCGGUUGUGCGAAGAGAUUAGCAGAAGAGGUGGGAAGAACGCCGGAGUUUGAUGAGCCACAUGUGGUUUCAUUUAGUGUGGGUUUAUGUAAAUGUGAUCCUAUGAUCUGUUUCUGUUACAUAUGAUAACUUUUUUGUCCUAUAUAGUCUCAGAUCAUCAAGUAAAUGCUAUCAAAUCAUGUGUUCAAGGGACAAAAACAGAAUUAUUCACUUAUGUUAGAGUUAAAUGGGAUCUCUUGGUGUAGCUU